GUGCUCAUCUCAUCCUGUCUCCAUUCACAGAUGGAGCCAAAACAACCCGCCAGCUCGCCGCCGCCGCCCCAGCGUCGUCGCCAAAUCUGCUGCAAAUGUGACCGGCCCCAGACAGUGUGCCUCUGCCACGUCAUCCCGGCGGCAGCGCUCCCAACGAGGACCAAGAUAAUAAUCCUCCACCAUCCGCACGAAUCUCAGCACAAGCUCAACACGACUCCUCUCCUCGCCAAAUCCCUCCUCCACGUCACCACCGUGCCCGGCCGCCGCCUUCUGCCGGCUCACUUCCCAAAUUACGAGAACGACCAAUCUCCUCGUGCCAUCUACCUCUUCCCGCCAUCUCCUUCCUCACCCGCCGUUACACUAUCCAACCUCCAAUCCCUCGUGCCAAUCAAUCGCGAAGCCGCCCCUCUGACCUUAAUCGUCUUCGAUGCCACCUGGAAGCACGCGAAGGAGAUGGUGAGGGCAAGCGAGGGGGUCUUAAGGAGUAUCGGGGCUUUAAGGGUCUGUUUGGACACAGGCUUUGACGAGACCAUUGGCGGCGGGAGCAUCUACGACUCCGAGUUGCUGCUAAGGAAGGAGCCUUUUGGCGGGUGCGUUAGCACACUGGAAGCUGUCGCCAGGUGCUUGAGAGCGGUUGAGCCUGACGGCAUGGAGAUCGAGAGGAAGCUGAUUGAGGUUUUGAGGGAGAUGGUGAGAUUGCAGGCUGGGUUUUUGAAGCCGGUCAAGCCACGGCCGAAACUCUUGAAAAAGAAUCAGACAAAGGAGAAGGAGAAGGAAAGGGAGAAGAACGAGAGCUCUGGUUUUUGAUCUGGCAUUUCUAGAAUCUGGGUUCACUUAUUUUUUGGUGUUGGUACAUUCGGUAUGGAGAACGAGAAACGUAAGGCCCAUACCAGGAAGCAGCGAGAAGAGGAAGAAGAAAGGAGAUGCGAACUUCUAUAAACUGGGUUUGGAGGUAGCAGUUACUGUAUUCAAGAUUGUAAUUCAACACCAUUAAUAUGUAAUGAACCGACAAUAAUCAACCAAAACAUUCUUGUUUGAUGCAUUA